GCCAUGUUGGCUGGUGUGUGGGUGUCAAACGCCGCACGGGCUCGGGUCUCUCCCGCCUCUCCAGCGCUACCGGCGGCUGCAACCGCGCAUUCGCGCGGGCUGGGAAGAGCUGAGUAUACAUACAGUGCUUGUUGCUGGGUACUCACUGUGAAUGAAAUUGAUGGAGCUUAUCAGGCUCAAGGACCAGAGCCCCAUACCAGAGAUGUGGACUUUACUCUAGUUCUGUCAUGGCUUCCAACUUCUCAGGUCUGGGGCUCCAGAGGAGGAAAUGACUGUUCAGGACUCUUGCUCUUACUCCAGCUGGAUAACGGAAAACUGGACCUUCAUAGGGUGCAGACUUACCAAGGAUAGGAAAGUUUCUCUCUUUGAAGGACUUUAAAUUUGCAACAAAGAACAUAAAAAUGACCACUUCAUCUAUCAGGCGGCAGAUGAAAAACAUUGUGAACAAUUACUCAGAGGCAGAAAUCAAAGUCCGAGAAGCCACUUCCAAUGAUCCAUGGGGCCCAUCCAGCUCACUGAUGACCGAGAUUGCUGACUUGACUUACAAUGUAGUGGCCUUCUCAGAGAUCAUGAGCAUGGUAUGGAAGCGGCUUAAUGACCAUGGCAAGAACUGGCGGCAUGUGUACAAGGCCCUGACACUGCUGGACUACCUCAUUAAGACGGGUUCUGAGCGGGUAGCCCAGCAGUGCCGGGAGAACAUCUUUGCCAUCCAGACCCUGAAGGACUUCCAGUACAUUGACCGUGAUGGCAAAGACCAGGGCAUCAACGUGCGGGAGAAGUCAAAGCAGCUGGUGGCACUCCUCAAGGACGAGGAGCGACUGAAGGCUGAGAGGGCCCAGGCUCUCAAAACCAAAGAGCGCAUGGCCCAGGUGGCCACUGGCAUGGGCAGCAACCAGAUCUCCUUUAACCGAGGCUCCAGCCAGCCCAACCUCUCCACCAGCUACUCGGAGCAGGAGUAUGGCAAGGCUGGAGGGUCACCAGCUUCCUACCAUGGCUCACCCGAGGCCUCGCUGUGCCCCCAGCACCGCACAGGGCCCCCGCUGGGUCAGAGUGAGGAGCUGCAGCCACUGAGCCAGCGCCACCCCUUCCUGCCGCACCUGGGGCUGGCUUCCCGCCCAAAUGGCGACUGGUCCCAGCCCUGCCUCACUUGUGACCGCGCAGCCCGAGCUUCCACCUCCCCACGGGUGUCCUCUGAGCUGGAGCAGGCCCGGCCACAGACGAGUGGAGAAGAGGAGCUGCAGCUGCAGCUGGCGCUUGCCAUGAGCAGAGAAGUGGCUGAGCAGGAAGAGCGCCUCAGGCGGGGUGAUGACCUCAGAUUGCAGAUGGCCCUGGAAGAAAGCCGGAGAGACACAGUUAAAGUUCCCAAAAAGAAAGAGCUUGGCUCCCACCCACAGCAGACCACCCUGCUGGAUUUAAUGGAUGCUCUUCCUAGCUCAGGCCCUUCUGCCCAGAAAGCCGAGCCCUGGGGCCCAGGGGCAUCUGCUAAACAGACCAACCCAUGGGGUGGGUCAGCAGCUCCCACAAGCACUUCGGACCCUUGGCCAUCAUUUGGUCCCAAGCCAGCUGCCUCUGUGGACCCCUGGGGAGUACCCACCACAGCCAGUACACAGUCUGUCCCCAAGAGCUCAGAUCCCUGGGCAGCGUCGCAGCCGCCUGCCCCCAGUGCUGGGAAGACAACAGACGCCUGGGGCGCAGCCUCCGCUGCCAAGCCCAGCUCGGCCUCGGGGUCCUUCGAGCUCUUCAGUAAUUUCAAUGGUACAGUUAAAGAUGACUUUUCUGAAUUUGACAACCUGCGGACUUCAAAUAAACCAGCUGAGUCUGGGGCCUCUAUGCCAUCCCAGAACAAUGGAACCACAAGCCCUGACCCCUUUGAGUCUCAGCCUCUGACUGUUGCCUCAAGCAAGCCCAGCAGUGCCCGGAAAACUCCUGAGUCCUUCCUAGGCCCCAAUGCAGCCCUGGUGAACCUGGACUCACUGGUGACAAGGCCCACCCCGCCGGCACAGUCCCUCAACCCCUUCCUGGCACCAGGUGCUGCGGCCCCGGCUCCCGUCAACCCCUUCCAGGUGAACCAGCCCCAGCCACUGACGCUUAACCAGCUGCGGGGGAGCCCUGUCCUGGGGAGCAGCACAUCCUUUGGUUCUGGUCCAGGGGUGGAGCCCAUGGUUGUGGCCUCCAUGACCUCAGUGGCCCCACACUCAGCUCUGGGGGCUGGGGGCUCCUCUUUGACACCACUGGGCCCCACAACAAUGAACAUGGUGAGCAGCGUGGGCAUCCCCCCUUCGGCAGCUCAGGCUUCCAGCACAACCAACCCUUUCCUUCUCUAGUGCUGGGACCCAGGACCUGCCCAGAGCAAGUGCUUGGAGCACCCCUGGGAGCACCGUUCCGGAGGACUCUGGGCAGGGGACUCUAAUUUGUUGGGGGUGAUGGCUGAGAGUGUGGUGGGUGGGUGGGGGUGGGGCUUUUUAUUUCCAGCUUCCUGGUGAAAGGGUUGUUAUAGCCAAGACCCUCCUAGCCUGAGCGGCACAUGGGGGGGCCCCCCAGGCAGGCCCCUCUGCUCCUCCCAGCGCUCAGCUCCAACCCGGCUCCUCUGAGACCUUGGACCAGGAGGCCCAGUCGCCAGUGUUGCCCUCGCCCCAGCCUCAGCCCAAGGGUCCUUGAGACGCUGCCUAGCCCAGGACUUGGGAUAGUCACCACUCGUCUUUGCCCCCACCACAGCCCUGGGGACCCCGCUGGCAGCCCUGGGUGUGGAUGGGAAGACACACAGGCCCACUGGACACUGACCUUCGGGGAAGUGGCUGUGAGUCUCUUUACUUCUUUUGACUCCUGUGAGUUCAGAGUACACUACCACCGUGGACAACUCAAAUUAAACCCACUAGAGCGAGCUUUAAAACUAAUCUGAGCAUAACCCUGCCACGUGGCUCUAUGCUUGUACACGUUUGCACAUAUUUUGUUUAGUACAGUUUCAUAUUUGAGUUUGCAGAAUUAUCUAAUAGUCUUUUUUUGGCUAAUAUUUUUAUAACGUGGUUCUUAUUUAACUGUCUAGUUUUGAUAGAAUUUACCAGGUCUGGCUGAAUUAAGAUCUUGGCACAUGUCAUUUUAGUGGUCUAAAUUCUCUUAUUUAUGGUCUAAUUCUUAAGAAAAUUUUAAAAAGGAGAGAUGUUUGGAUGACAAAAAUAUGCCUUAUGGAAAAACUAAAGCAAAUUCUUUAUAGGAAAAAAUAUGAGAAUUUGAUUACAUGAAAACGAUAUUUAAACACACAAUUCCAACAGCAACAAGAACUCAGCCUCCAGUUGCCUUUCCUCUCUCUGGCUCCCUGUUUUUGGAGAAUUACCAAACCAAAUGACUCUCAGUCUUUUGGGCUAGACCCCAAGAGAAGCUUUUUUCUUACCAAUAUACCAACAUCCUGAAAGUUAAAGGAAAAAAAAAAAUCUAACAUAUGAAUGUGACUCUAUAGUUUUUGUCAACUAAUUCCCUUUUAGUGGGGCCCGCAGGGAUCAACAGGGACUUCUGUUUACAGUGGAUGGGAAGUGGGGAGACCAUGAGUGCUGUGGCUUCACUCCCUGGCUCUCCUAGCUCCUUGGCUCUGUCCACGCUCAGGUUACUGGGGGGGAUUGUGUGGAAAUGGCGGGGAGUCUUUGCCCACAGUCCCUGGGAGGGUAGUCCCCACGUCUAGACAGGUGAGGGGACCAAGGCUGGCCCUAUUCUGUCUUACUUGGCAGCUCCAGACCUAGGCUGCUGAGAACUAAUCAUCUCUUAAUUGGGAGACAGAAAACGUCCAUUCUCGCUUGGGAUGGAUUUUUAACAAACAUGCACUAAGAUUAUUUCCCUGUCCCGACCUCCUGCUGUCCUCACCCUUCCCACUACUGUACUACAGUGUUAUGUCCCAAAUUACACAGCAGAGACUUACUUGUUCUCCCCAGGGAAGGGACAAGCCCUCAAUGCUGUGUCCUGCCGCUUGUCUGGUGAGCAUUCCUAGCUCACCUUGCAAUGCGGACUUCUCACCUCCAGCUCCAAGGGCAGCAGGCCCUCCUACCAGCCCCUCUCUGGUUCAGAAGAUCCGAUCCUCAGCACCACACAGGAGGGGCUCCGGAGUGGUCUCAGGGCUACAGGAGGCCCCUCUGGCUGCUCAGGCCAAGUUCCUUACCAGCCACUCCUUCCAGGGCCUAGGCCUGGGCUGUGGCUCCCAUGCCAUUCAGGAAGGUUGGUGGCUGGGCUCCUCUGCCUAGGGGAAGGUAGAUAUGCCUGCCCAGGACGGUGCUUCCCCAAAACAUGUGGGGCCUGGGCCACAGGCCAACACUCCAGAAACACUGCCUGGGUCCAGUGAUUGUCCUGUAGCAGCAAGAGCCCUUCCUGAUGGGACCGAAGCCCACACGCUGUCCCUGUUAUCCACUGCACUGAUCAUGAAGCCACCGGCCACUGCCACGCGUGAUAUACAUGCCACCGUGCCCCUCCUGAUAAGUACCAUGGUGAAAGAAGUCACCAGCUAUGCCUCAGUCCCAGGGGCCAGUGGCUGCUUUUGAACUUGUGUUGACUGUUGAUACUUAUUUACUGUAUAAAUAUAAUUUAUCAUUUGUAUCAUGA